AUGCAAGCACUGCUCGGUGAUGAAGCACGUUUGCGUUCCGCAGACGCCGUUGAGUUGGCCCAGGCAGCUAUCAAUGCAGCUGAGGAUUUAAUUGUCGCUGGUGCAGACGCUUCGAACGUUAACGUUUUACAGGGCGCUGUGACAGCUGCAGUUAAGUUCUUCGCAGCGAAGAUCCGUGGGGCUCAACGAAAUGGUUCCCCUGAGGCCCCGGCUGAAACAGUGAUUGGUGAGAUCCCGGUGGCUAGCUACAUCGCCGGUCGCAGCUCCCAAGUCAUCGUUGAAACGUCGUGCUUCGCCAGUUGA